AUGCCGCAGGGCAGCUCGCCGCUGUCGGCGCUCACCAAGGACGUCACAUCGACGGUCGCCGCGCCAGAGAGCUUCUAUCAGAUACACAAACAGAAACACGACGCUGCUGUUAUGAAUUUAACGCCUAAGUCCGGUUCGUCGCUCAACACGGAUGUCCAAAACGAAAUCCAACGCUGUUGGCUGGCAGUAGUGCAGCAGUCUCAACAGCUUAAAUUGACUUGUGACGUGGGAAGUGUCCUGGAAGACGAGGAGGAGCCAACGAAGUCGAAGGCACCAGCGGUGGUGGAGCAGGUGGCGGUGCAGCAGUCGGCGGUGCAGCAGGCGGCGGUGCAGCUGGCGGCGGUGCAGCAGGCGGCGGUGCAACAGGCGGCGGUGCAGCUGGCGGCAGUGCAGCAGGCGGCGGUGCAGCAGGCGGCGGUGCAGCAGGCGGCGGUGCAGCAGGCGGCGGUGCAGCUGGCGGCGGUGCAGCAGGCGGCGAUGCAGCAGGCGGCGGUGCAGCAGGCGGCGGUGCAGCAGGCGGCGGUGCAGCUGGCGGCGGUGCAGCAGGCGGCGGUGCAGCAGGCGGCGGUGCAGCUGGCGGCGAUGCAGCAGGCGGCGGUGCAGCUGGCGGCGGUGCAGCAGGCGGCGGUGCAGCUGGCGGCGGUGCAGCAGGCGGCGGUGCAGCAAGCGGCGGUGCAGCAGGCGGCGGUGCAGCAGGCGGCGGCGCCCGUUCUGCCAGCGGCGGCCGCGCCCGUCCUGACAGCGGCGGCCGCGCUCGUCCUGCCAGCGGCGGCCGCGCCCGUCCUGCCAGCGGCGGCCGCGCCCGUCCUGCCAGCGGCGGCCGCGCCCGUCCUGCCAGCGGCGGCCGAGCCCGUCCUGCCAGCGGCGGCCGCGCCGGUCCUGCCAGCGGCGGCCGCGCCGGUCCUGCCAGCGGCGGCCGAGCCCGUCCGGCCCGAGACCAUGCCUCCCAAGGACGGUAUCGCUCAGCUCGCGAAGUUGGAGAAUAACAACAGCGACAGCAAAACAGAAUCGGUUGCAUCGGACCUAACCCGCAUGUACGUUUCGGAAGAAGAAUUGAAGAUAGCGCUUCGGGCGAGCCUCACAGCCACAGCGAACGGCAUCGACAAUGGCGUGGCCAGCCGCGCCGGCGGCCCCCUCCGCCGGCAAGCGACCCGGGGUCAACGUUCCAACUUCCUGAAAAAAACCUAA